GCCACAUAAUUUUCGCGUGGAUCACCGCCCGUUCCCGAUUCUGUUGAUUCACGCGCGUUAUUCGCCUAUACCCCGGAUCAUCGAUAUCGUCCGACAUCGGCUUUUAAACGGAAAUUCACCCGGAGACGUAUCGGGCCGUAGAAUACACUCGUGCUAUGGAGCAGGCCAUUCGUUCGGCGGCCAAGUGGAACCAGCAGUUCAACAAGACGAGGAAAUUCAGGCGCAAAGCUUCUAUGGACCUUCAGUCCCACACGGUACAUUACCCUAGGAAACGCUUGAAGCGGAUGGACAAGUCCCAAGCGGGAAACUACCCAGUAGCAGUGUUACCUGGUCAAUUCACCGACUCUUACCACCAAUUCACCUGUGACGAAUUAAAGGAACUACCGCUUGGUACGGUAUGUGGCGACGGAAUUUCAAACACAGGGUCGGAUAGUUCCAGCGGAUCCGAUAGCUCGGAUUCGGGCUCUGACUCUUGCACUCGAUCGUCAACCUCGGGCUCUUCUAGCGACGAAACCUCUAAACCUCUUCCAGUAAACGAUCCCGUAGAUGGCAAGGCUCCAGGUUAAUCGUUGACAUGAUACUGGACGAGGUCUAGAUUUUCAUAUAAUAAUGUAAAAUAUUUAAGCUGGAAUUUCUAAA